UGUACCCAGUGGCCCCGCCCCUCCCUCCUUGGCAUUAGGUAAACACUAGGCCACCUUUGGAACCUAAGCACACACUCUGCAGGCAAGUAGAGUGUGACAGCAUCACAGAUUGUCAGAGAGUGGACAGAGAGCAGAUAGACAGCCUGAGGCUCCUUGGUUUGGACAGAGAGGGGACAGACAGCCUGAGGCUCCUUGGUUUGGACAGAGAGCAGACAGACACCCUGAGGCUCCUUGGUUUGGACAGAGAGGGGACAGACAGCCUGAGGCUCCUUGGUUUGGACAGAGAGGGGACAGACAGCCUGAGGCUCCUUGGUUUGGACAGAGAGCAGACAGACACCCUGAGGCUCCUUGGUUUGGACAGAGAGGGGACAGACAGCCUGAGGCUCCUUGGUUUGGACAGCUUGCCUCACUGCUCCAGACAGGCACCACAUCUGAUUGGAUGGUUUAGUCAGAAUGACAGCCGAAGAUCCCGCCUCCUCCUCUUCAGCCAUGAGUAAUAACCCAGCGCCUUCCGGUUCCAACACCCCAGGCCCUUCCCAUCACUCCCCGCACGGACCAAUCACAGUGCCCGAGGGUGUGUCCGGGGCCCACAACGAAGCGGCCCUAGUGUCUCUGAUGGAGCGUACGGGUUACGGCAUGGUGCAGGAGAACGGUCAGAGGAAAUACGGCCCUCCGCCGGGCUGGGAAUCCGCCUCCCCGCCACGCGGCUGUGAGAUCUUCGUGGGUAAGAUCCCCCGGGACGUCUACGAAGACGAGCUGGUCCCGGUGUUCGAGUCGGCGGGUCAGAUCUACGAGAUGCGUCUGAUGAUGGACUUUGACGGUAAGAACCGCGGCUACGCCUUCGUCAUGUACACACAGAAACACCAGGCGAAACGCGCCGUGCGGGAACUCAACAACUACGAGGUGCGUCCCGGACGCCUCCUAGGGGUCUGCUGCUCUGUGGACAACUGUCGCCUCUUCAUCGGGGGCAUCCCCAAAACCAAGAAGAGAGAGGAGAUCCUGGAGGAGGUGUCCAAGGUGACGGAGGGCGUCCUGGACGUCAUAGUGUACGCCAGCGCGGCGGACAAGAUGAAGAACCGGGGCUUUGCCUUCGUGGAGUAUGAGAGUCACCGUGCCGCGGCCAUGGCGCGCAGGAAGCUGAUGCCCGGCAGGAUCCAGCUGUGGGGGCACCAGAUCGCCGUGGACUGGGCGGAGCCGGAGAUAGACGUGGACGAGGACGUCAUGGAGACCGUGAAGAUUCUAUACGUCAGGAACCUGAUGAUGGAGACCAGCGAGGACACACUGCGACAGGUGUUUGGCCAGUGGAACCAGGGCUGCGUGGAACGUGUCAAGAAGAUCCGCGACUACGCCUUCGUCCACUUCUCGUCCCGUGACGAUGCCGUGGUUGCCAUGGACCACCUGAACGGGACGGAGGUGGAGGGGUCCUGUAUCGAGGUCACCCUGGCUAAGCCUGUCGACAAGGAGCAGUACACGCGUUACCAGAAGGCAUCUAAAGGGGGCGCUACAGCGGCCGCGGCCGUGGCAGCUCCGGAACCAGUCCAGCAGAACUACGUGUACCAGUGUGACCCCUACACCCUCACCUACUAUGGGUACCCUUACAACACGCUGAUCGGACCCAACAGGGACUACUUCAUCAAAGGAGGCCCAAUGAUACAGACCAAUGCAGGUGCUGUGCGAGGUCGUGGCCGAGCGACGACAGGUAGCCGUGCCCCCGGCCCCCGGGGGUCAUACCUGGGUGGUUACUCUGCUGGGCGGGGUAUCUACAGCCGGUACCAUGAAGGCAAAGCCAAGGGCCCCGACAACAAGGCCUACGAGCUGAUACCCUCUAUGGAGCUGACUGCCUCAGUCAACCCGUUGGGCAUCAAGCCUUGCACAAUGGGCCUGCAGGCUCUAGGAGGCCAGUACCCGGUGUUCCAGGGAGCCAAGCUGAUGGAGGAAGGGAAGAUGCAUCACUCUGUGGAACACCUCAUUAACCCCCUGGCCCUGCAGCACGACCACACAGCCCAGAACACACAGACUGUUAUACCUGCUGUCUCCUCACCUCCACCCUACCAGGGUCGUCCCAUCACACCAGUGUACACCAUGACCCACAACAUGCAGCGUAUCCCCACGGCCAGUGGUCUGUACGGAGCAGGCUACAUGCCCAUCACCAACUACAACGCUGCCGCCCUGGCAGCCCUGCAGAAGAACGCAGCCGUGGCCGCUGCAGCCUACGGAGGGUACGCUGGUUACGCCGUGCCCCAGGCCUUCCCUGCCGCAGCGUUUCAGGUGCCCAUCCACGACGUCUACCAGACCUACUGACAACAGCUACCAGACCUACUGACAACAGAUACCAGACCUACUGACAACAGAUACCAGCUACCAGACCUACUGACAACAGCUACCAGACCUACUGACAACAGAUACCAGACCUACUGAUAACAGAUACCAGCUACCAGACCUACUGACAACAGCUACCAGCUACCAGACCUACUGACAACAGCUACCAGACCUACUGACAACAGCUACCAGCUACCAGCUGUCUGGUCCACAACGCCUGUUCAACCACCACUCAACGUUCAAACAACUUGUGUGUCACGACGUCAGGAACUACAAAAGACCUCAUCCCCACAUAUCACCCCCCCCCCCCCCCCCCCCC